UCCCUGAAAAACGGUGGACGGGCGUCUGAUAAAAUGGCCAACAACACGACAGGAACGGUACUACCCACUGAUCCAAGCCUUGCGGCGGCAAACGGAACUACAGAGGCUUUGGUUUUCCCGACAGCCAGCAAUGCCACAACGAUAGCACCUUUGGCGGACAACAUAACGUCCACGAUAGUGAACGCUGUCACCAACUUUACCUCAGCUGUGACGGACCUGGUGACCAACACAACCGCCAAUAUCAAUGCUACGGAAAUAACAACACCGACUGUGCUACCAAACACAACCGUCUUUGCUCAACCCACCCUUACAGCAUCAACAAUCGCCCCGACGGUUUCCAAUGGAACUACAGCAUCGCUAAAUGGUUCUACAUCGUCCUCAUUAUUUACAACGAUCACGAGAGAACUGAGCACACUUUCUGCUGACUUGAGCACCGCUGUUUCCACAGCGAGCUCCACUAUAUGUGACAACCUGUGCCAAAGUAUUGGGAGUUGUCAAUACAACGAGACGAGCACCCGCUGCGACUGUCCGCUAGAUGGCGCUCCUGCCCAGUGCGACUCCUUCGCUGAAAGUUGCUCCAACACAACAGCACUAACUUGUACGUCAAACUGCACCAGGAUGUUGUAUGGGCUCCAAGAAUACGUCAGCUGCGAGUGUAUACAGGAAGAAAUAUGUGGACCGGUCCCUGUCCCCGCCAAACAAGAUAACCUGGCGCUCAUCCUAGGCCUCACCUUGGGCCUCCUCUUUGCCCUCAUCUUCCUCAUCGCCCUCCUGUACUGCUUCUGCACGACCAAGAAGCGGCGCGCCACCAAGGGUUCCUACAACCCCAGCGCGCAGGAGAAGAAGGCGGGGGCGCAGGUUAUCGGCAUCACGGACCUCAUGCCUCUGCCGCCCAUGGAGAGGCUCAUCUAGCUCACAUCGGGGCAAGAUGACCAACUUGAAAGGAUUCUAGCUAUUUAGCACUUGUGAGUUGGGCUGUGUACCUAAAACCUGUGCCUGUACCUGUAAAAUUGUUUAGGUUCAGGUCCGAAUCUAAAACCCGUACCGGUACCUGUACCUGUAAAAUUGUUUAGGUACAGUUCCGUUCCAUCUGGUGUACUUGUACCUGAACCUGUACCCGAACAAACUAAAGCAUUGCUGUAGUGGACACCAUUUUAAGGCUACUAAUACGUAAAUCAUGAUUCAAUGAUGACAAUUGUGAUGAUAUUCGAGUUGAAAAUCAACAAAACAUGAAAAAAUCGUUUGGAGACUCAAAAUGUAAAUCACUGAAAAGGGCAAUUCUUAACUUGAAUAACUUACAAAUAAUUGAUCAACCUUAGGUACAGGUACAGGUCCGAACUUGCACCUAAACCUGUGUAUCCGUUCUGUACCUGUAUCUAAGAUUUGUUUUAGUACACAGCUCUCAGUAUAUCGAAAGAUUAUAUAGCACAUUAAUGUACGACGAUUGUGUAUUUUUGCGAAGAGUUCGCAGCUAGCCGGAGAGAUGGAUUUCAAAUCAUGUGAUAAGUUUUGUCCCAUGAAUUUUAUACCAGUAUUAUGACUGAAGAAUGAGGGAUGGACUUUGAUAUUUUUGGCGGGUUACAGAAGAUUCUUUAAAGGCGAAUUUAGCGGUCAAGUCUAUUUGAGUGCGCCAGAGCCAGCAUCUUGUAGAUACGAAUCUCGUUCAUCAAUUACGAUUUGCUUCACAGGCUGAAAUUUCUCCCAAACCUAUGAUGCGAAUGAAGCUAUUGAAUUCAUUCACAAGGCUAUCUAUAUAUAGGAUCUAUGUUAGCAAUAGUAUAGGGAAGUGUAUACAAGAUAUAUAGAUGUAACCGUUAUGUUAUACGAAUAUGCCUAUACUCUGUGAUUACACUACAGUUGUGCCUUUCUAUGGCUUUUCAUAAUAACCAAGGCAUUGAAAAAUGGGAAAAUGUUGUAAUUCUAUCGCUUAUGGUUUAGAUGCGUUGGCAAUCACCGUAUCAUUUUGAAACUAUUUUACAGAACACUUUUAUACAAACCUUUUAUAACAGUACGAAAAUUCUCAUAUGUAUAUGUAUAUACUAACUAUACAGACCCAAUGGAAUGCACUGACCUUGUACUUUAUCUUCUCAUGUACAUUGGUAAACUCGUAUUUAUAGCUUUUUAUACUUCAAGAUAGCUGGACUGAAUUUUAUAUGAUACCAGGAAAUUGCAUUUGUACAGAAUUCAUUGCAGUGUAGAAAUAUCAUAACCUAAUAACGUAAUCGAUUAUAAUUGACAUAAUUCAAUGUAUGGUUAAAGGUUUAAGAAAGGAACGCAUAGAACACAAUCUAUGUGGUCAUUCAGGUCGACAAGAAAGAAAUGAACUUGUAUUUUUGAUUGUUUCCUUCAACAACGAAUGUAACAUUCAAAUAGAGAAAAGUAUCGAUAGAUAUACCUUUUUCUCAUAUUAGCAAACCAUGGAUAUAUAUAAUACAAUCAUUAAAAUUGAAACGUUCCUAAUAAAA